AUGGUAAGAAUUAAAAUCUAUCAAAUAGAACUUAGAAAUCAUCUCACUAUUAUAAAAUCGAGUGAAGUAAUUAAAUCAGAAUAUUGAAAUACAUUCAUUUAUGUUACAUUUAGUUCUAAUCUCUCUCAUCUAAAUUGGGUUGGGUUUUAUGUAAACAAGACAUGAAGUAGGAGAUAUAAUAGUUAUGGUUUCGGGGGGUAAACACAUAUUGGAAAAUUCAAGAGGUUAUCCACGAUAAAUAUAAACUCAAAUAAACUUUUAGGUUGAAUUUGAUAUAUCACCAGAAUUGUUUAUAUCACCACAUUAUUUAGACUGGGAUCUAGAAAUGCCUGCUGGAUUCAAUUUAAAAGUUACCCUGAUAACAAAAACAGGUAAUACAUCAAUAUUACUAUUAAAGGUUUUUUAUUGAGUACACUUGCUGGGCUUAGUCCAGCUUUUACGAAAUAAGGAUUAGUUGGUUUGCAUUUUAAGAUCAAAGAAUAUCAGUUGUUACAUUCUAUUCAAUUGAAGAAGAAAUCCUUUAAACUGGUUCAGGUGAAAGAACAAUUACAUUUUCAAUAGACCAUAAACUUAAGGAUGCAAAAAAUGGGGUAAUUUCUUUGA